AUGCUUUCCAGCAUCCCGGGCGAGCUGCUCACUUCAAUUGUGGCAUAUUUGGAUAAGCGACGUGACAUUAAUGCAUUGGCGCAAUUAGAUCGACGACUCUACGGUACAUACAAUGCCUUUCUGUAUAGAUUUGAUGCUGAAACACCUCAAUGCGCGCUCGAUUGGGCCAUUUCUCAAGGCCAGACUGGGACAGCCAGAAAAGCUUUGGAAGCAGGCGCCAAAGUAUCGCUCGAUGCGCUACAUAAAGCCGCCAGUGCAGGACAUGUGGCGAUUUUCACGCUAUUAGUCGAAACUGAUGAUAUCCAUUUGAAUUCCGAAGACGAGUUUGGCCAGACGCCCUUCACCAUUGCUUGUCGAGAUGGCCAAACGCAAAUCGUACAACUCCUUAUUGACACUUACAACGUUGACGUGAUGCGAAAAGAUGUUCAGCGCCAGUCGCCGUUUUUCAUCGCCUGCGCAAGAGGUCACCUAGAAAUCAUGAAAGUGCUGCUCAAAACAGGGAAAGUCGACACAGAGGCGAAGAAUGCGAAUUUGGAAACACCUCUGGCAAUUGCGGCCAAGAAUGGCCAGACAGACGCUGUAAAGUUCUUAAUUGGCAUUUACGGUAUUGAUCUCGACGCGAGAGAUAGGUUACGGCAAACACCGCUAUGCCAAAGCAUCUCCAAGAAUCACAGAGACGUUGUGGAAGCGCUACUUGAAACUAAGAAGGUAGACCUACUACGAGUCAAUGGUUUCAAUCAAACGGCGCUUAUGGCAGCCACUGUGGCGUGUCAUGAUGAUAACGGCAUCGUUGCGCUUCUACUAAAUCAGUACAUAUCUCCCGAGGCGACAGAUGUUAAUGGCGAUACAGCCCUUACUCUGGCAGCCAAACUCAACAGGGGCUAUGUGGUCAAACUUUUCCUCGAUUCGGGACAGGUAGACUGCGAUCGCAUAGAUGCACAUGGCAGAACAUUCCUGGAUAUAGCCAUAGUGAAAGGAGCAGACAAGGUGGUUGACGAAUUUAUCAAGGCUGAAAAAGGAGACAUCCAUACGAUGGAAGGAAGCGACGAUUAUCUCAAGACGGCCGUCAGCAGAGUACGCCUCGAGCUCACAGAACUGCUUCUUCGCAAGACGAACCUGGACCCAUCCCUGAAAUACAGCGACGGCAGCACAAUCCUUCACAAGGCCGUGCGCACGGGGAACGAGGCCUGGGUAAAGAUGCUUCUUGAUUCUGGAAAACUCGAUCCAGAUGCACGGGACGCACACGACCGCACACCAUUUUCUAUUUGUGCAGGAUACGCAUCACCCAGAGGGUAUGAAAUGGCACGGGCUUUUUACGACAGAAGGAUCAAACUUGAUGUUAAUGUUAGACAUAAACGCGGCGGCUUAACCCCAUUUGCUGCAGCCUGCGAUAACAACGACAUUGUCAUGAUCAAAUGGCUGCUUGAGGAGUACGCUGUUGACCUUAACCCCAGAUACUACCAUGGGUCUACGCCUCUCAUUCGAGCAGUCUGUUUUAACAGACAGGAUACCGCGCUUCUGUUAAUACAUACUCCAGGGGUAAACCUUAAUUCGCAGGAUGCAGAGGGCCGGUCACCACUAGCAUGGGCUGUAACACGCGGUAAUGCAGAGCUAGUCCGUGCUCUUCUCAGUAAAGGGGGGGUUAAAACUGAUGUUGGUGAUGUAUACGGACGGACACCGCUGGCGAGAGCGGUAGAAAGAGGGUCCUUGCGAAUUGUCGAGAUGCUGCUGGAGACGAGGAAUGUUGAUCCCACGGCAGCUGAUAGAUGGGGACGAACCCCAUUAUCGAGAGCGUUAAGAUGUAGGCAUUUUGCGUUUGAGCACAGGAUGAAAGCAUACUGUCAUGAGAUGCGAUAUGAAAUUGUAAAGAGAGCGAAUAGCGUUUCCUUUUAG